AGUCGCUUCAGUCUCUUCGUGAAUGUGCAUCCGAGUGGUUUGUUUCGGCUGCGGAGUGCCCGUUGUGUGUUGUUUUUAUUUGUGUCACGAACAACCGUCAUGUUGUUUUUCUGCUGCUUCAGCCAUUAGCAGCUUUCAGUGCGGAAACUCCGGAAGUAGCCACUAAACUCUAGUAGUGCACAUCACAUCAGCAGGACCACAUAAAAUGGCAAUUAUCGAACAAUACGUGUUGAUUAUCAAUCUGAGGAAAAGUUUUCUGAUAGACUUCUUUUAGGCUUGCCCGAGCCCUUUCUUUUGAAAGCAGUGAUUUUUCUUUUUGUUGUGUUGGGUUUCUCUUGAUUUUGUAUCGAUGCUCCCGGGAAGGCAGAUCUAAGUGCGAAGGGGAAAAUCUGGGAUGAAUCCCGUGGUCCAGUUGCCUGUAGAUGUACAACGAUUGCUAGUAACAGGAGCAGCAGCAGAUUCGCAUCCGGUGGGCAGCUACGUGGAAAGAAGUCGAUAGUUGUAAAUGGUAUCAGUUAUGUAAUUGUGGUUCCUUGCCCGAGAUCGCUUCAAUGUGGAGAAAGAGCUAUUUGCAGACAGCACUCCACGACACAUUCAAGCUAAAUUGCAGGCCGUGCAAUAGCAGCACACAACGCCUAUCGCUUACCAUCAGCAGCUACCACCCUUGUCCUAUCUUCUUCCUACCUGCUGCACCAUAUCACCCCUCUGCAGACGUUGUCACCGAACCGGAUAGCAACCUCGUUUCUGGUGUUCCAUUUUGAUGCUUGAUGGUGUUGUUUGGCUGUGGAAGUUGAUCAGCUGGAUAAACAGUCGGAGGAUCAAGAAACUCAGACUACCUGAAACUAUCUGAAUUUGAUUAAAAAGCCGAGAAACCCGAUCCGGAAGUUGUCGGCAGCAGCAGUAGCAGUACACCGGCCGCCGCCACGAUGCAGCAAUCCACGCGAACCGAGAUGCGCCCGGUCAAGUACCACUACGCGGACUCGUUCUGGUGCACCUAUUUGAUCUCGGUGUUCGCGGCCAGUAUUGCCGAAACGGUCACGUACCCGCUGGACCUCACCAAGACCCGGCUGCAGAUCCAGGGCGAAGCCACAGCCGUAACCGGUGCAAUCAAGAAGCUCAAAUAUCGCGGAAUGCUAGCAACCGCUAGUGGUAUUAUUCGCGAAGAAGGAGCUCUCAAGCUAUGGCAGGGCGUUACACCGGCUCUCUAUCGUCACAUUGUUUACAGUGGAGUCCGAAUCGUCACGUACGAUAAUCUACGGAAGAAACUUCGCAACGGCAACAACGACUUUGCACUGUGGCAAUCGGCCCUGGCUGGGGUUGGAGCCGGUGGUUUGGCCCAAUGGCUAGCCUCUCCGGCCGAUUUGGUCAAGGUGCACAUCCAAAUGGAGGGCAAACGUCGCUUGUUGGGUUUGGAACCGCGCGUUCAUGGAGCGGCCCAUGCAUUCCGGGAAAUUGUAAGCCGCGGAGGAAUCGCCGGCCUGUGGAAGGGUAGCGUUCCGAACGUUCAACGGGCAGCUUUGGUCAACCUGGGUGAUUUGACCACGUACGAUACGGUUAAGCGAUUCGUGAUGAAGAAAUCCGGACUGCCCGAUUGCCAUUUGGUGCACAUUAUUUCUUCGAUUUGCGCAGGGCUGGUCGCGGCCACGAUGGGCACCCCAGCCGAUGUAGUCAAGACUCGUGUGAUGAAUCAACCGACGGACAUAAAUGGAAAGGGACUUCUCUACAAAGGAUCGCUGGAUUGUCUACAGCAAACCAUUGGAAAGGAAGGGUUCUUUGCUCUGUACAAAGGAUUCCUCCCAGUUUGGAUCCGCAUGGCGCCUUGGUCACUUACUUUUUGGCUUUCUUUCGAGCAGAUCCGCACUAGUCUGGGUGCUGGUGGUUACUAGGCCGUGUCAGUAUCAGACAGGCGUUUGAUAGGUUCUACAACUGUUAGUAAGUAUAAUUUUAUCAACAUUUGAAGCGCAAUCUGCUCUUUCAUUGUCCGAUUGGGACGCAAUUCAUAGUUCAGUCGCACACGUAAUUCACUCGAUUUGCGAUAGAAGGCACAAAUGUACAGUUCUAUUUAGCACAAUGCAGUUUUUCAAUUAAGAGCCCAAUUUGAACGACUUAAAAAUAUACGAAAAAGCAGAACAAAAUUAUAUCUACUGAAGAGUGCCAUCGAAAUUCAAGAGCUUCGGAUUAUUCUUUUUGAGCAUACAAAGUUCUUCUUUGUUCUCUAACACUGGAUUAGUUGUAUACUGAAACCACUAGGCUAAAACAUAUCCUUUGCGUGAGACUAUUUACUCUAUCGGAAUCAUACGUUGGUUGAGGGAGGACUAUAAUUUUGAUCUGUGAUUUAGUCGAUAGUAGCCACUAGGUUUAAGCGUACAUUCAACCAACUAAGUUAGAUUGAUUUUGGUACCGGAGGUAGUUCACGCUCGGAAGCUGCAGCGGCGGCUUAUGCUUCUCAUAAGAAAUUCACACAUUCUCUCAAAGCAACCAUCUCGGAUUUAGUCACGCGUCAUCACAGUCAGUCAAAUAACACCAAUGAUACAUUUGACAAGACGCAAACAACGCCUCAGGGAAGCCUUUUUCAACUAACCAACCUGUCGCCCUUUGGUGCAAUUUUUAUUGUGCCCUGGGUCCCAUCUUGAAUUCUCCCACGACAGAAGUUCAUCCAUUAUCCAACCAUUUUCGAAUAUAGGGUACCACCUUUGCGAAGAGACUUAAAAAACGAUACCUUCAAUUGUAACAUUUGUUUGACUACUUAUCGUUUCUAAUUAAGUAACAGACACUACGGACAAGUGAACAUUCUCUGCGUGUAACAAACCACGAAAGAGAAAACUUUUCAUCUAGACCGCCUUGUUCUACACAUAAUAAUGCUUAAUACUAUACAUGCGUAGGAUAACCUGCUACCUAUAAUCGACACGUGACAAUACCAAAUUUUAUCAUGUUCCCAUUUCCGAAAGAAUCGUAGUUCAUCCUCAAAAGCGAAUAAAAUAGAAAAAAAAGAUUCCAUUCUGGUACAACGAUAAGAAGCACUGACGAAACAGACGAAUCGUGCAUCAUGACCACAGACUGGCCAAGCAGAAGGUGCAGUCGCUCUGUUACGUCCCUAAACUUAAAAUAAUUUCUAGUGUUAUACAACCUACUAACUGCAAACCACAUACCCAAUCCCCCAAUAAUGAUCAAAAGACACGAUCUGGCAGGAAGCUCGCUAAACUGUAUUAGUCUUUGGGAAAGGUUCGUCCCGCUGUUAGGAAGUUGUGUAUUUGUCGUUUUGCAGGUUCAGAAACCAAUGCUCAUGUGUAGGCGAAAAGUGUGUUUGAAUGAAUAAACAUUUUCGAUAAGCAGA